AUGGACGAUCUUCUUCCCAUCCCUGGAACGGUCCAGCAGGUCGACGUAGACCACACCCUGCGCCUGAGAUACAAUAGAGAGCAGCAAGAUAUUGUGUUGAUUCCACUUCCAAGCUCUCAUCCAGAUGACCCGCUCAACUGGUCCCGCUACCGCAAACUAUUGAGCAGCACCUGUCAAAUGAGCUGGUGCUUCUUCGCCGCCGCCCUCAUCAGUGGCUUGUCAUCCUCCUAUCUCCUGAUCUCGGAAGACACAGGAAUUUCCGUGGCAGACCUGAGCACAGGAAACGGCAUCAUGUAUCUUUUCAUGGGCUGGGGGACCCUGUUGACACAGAACCUUGCGCAGGAUUAUGGUCGUCGGCCAGUCUUCUUGGUUGGCAUGCUGGGUUCAGCGCUGAUGCAAAUCUGGUCUGCGUAUAUAAAGUCGGUGGGUGAAUGGUACGCCAAUAGAAUUCUUCUUGGCGUUUUUGUUUCACCCCAGGAAGCAUUGAUCGAGCUUUGUAUUGCGGAUAUCCAUUUUGCACAUGACCGAGGCUUCCACAUGGGUAUUUACAACUGGACUUUGUGGUGUGGUGCUUUCCUGUCGCCUAUCGCUGGUGGGUUCGUUGCUGAGAGGUUUGGCUGGAGAUGGAUACAAUACAUCUUGGCUAUCAUCUGUCUCUGCUUCACAGUUGCAACGUUGUUCUGCUUUGAAGAGACGAUGUUCUUCCGCCAAGUCGAUAUUCAGGAACCGAUAUUUUCAAGUCCCAAAGAUGAUAGCAAUCUGGAGUCCUCGAGUGAUACCGAUCACAAAAUGGACUCCCAAUCCAAAGAGCCAGAGAGUCCAGCUGUCACUCCUAUCAUUGCUGAAGAGGGCUACCAAAUCAAAACAUACACCCAGAAGCUGAAGCUGUGGGGAUUAAGACAUCCUUCUCAGCCAUUCAACUUCUUUCGAUCAAUCAUUCUUUCCUUCCGACUUCUAUGCUUCCCCACAACCAUCUUUUCCGGUCUUCUCGUGGGAAGUAUUCUCGCCUGGUACAAUGUUUUGGGAGGUUCUUUAGCGGAAGUUCUGGGCGGUGUCCCCUACAAAUUCACCACAGAGCAGAUUGGUCUUACAUACUUCGCAAGUGUGAUAGGAGUGUCGAUUGGAUGUUACUUUAGCGGUUGGCUUAGCGAUAUUCUUGCAAUCAGGUUGGCCAGACGAAGACAUGGCAUCAAGGAGCCCGAAGACCGACUCUGGAUGUUUUUGAUUCCCCUUCUAGCUCAUCCUCUGGGAUGCCUUCUCUAUGGCGUUGGAGCAAGCCACCACAUUCCAUGGAUUGGAGUUGUCAUCGGAAUGGCCUUCAUUUGCGUCACCCUACCGAUGGGAUCUGGCCUGGCCAUUACAUAUAUCAUUGACAGCCAAAAGGAGCUGGCGGGAGAAUCGAUUGUGACCGUUAUUCUCAUUCGUAACACCAUUGGUUUCGCUUUUGCAUACGCAGUGAAUCCCAUGAUUACGAAUAUGGGGCUGCAGAAUACUUUCGUUCUGAUAGCGGUGCUGGGAAUGGUGUUAUGGAGUGGUUGUUUGCUAUGGAUUAAAAUUGGAAAAUCGGCUCGGCGAUCUAUUGCAAAAUCCUACUGGAAAUUGGUUGAAAGUCAUGGACUUGCUGCUCACUGA